AACCCUUUUUAAAAACCAGUUUACAAAAAUUUAAUUCAUAUAUGUAGUGUAAUUGUUUAAAGUGCAAAUUCGUUUCCAGUGAGUGCCCGAAAUACAAUUUUCAAUUGGCUGUGUGCGUGUCUUUGCCGCACUUACAUACGAAUGAAUAUAUAGCAUUUAAUUUUGUCCAUUAUGUGUGCAAUUAAAUAAAAUAAUAAAAAAAAAAAAAAUUCAAAACAACAAAUUCUGUGUGUGAAAAAGCAAAUAAACAGUGCAAAUAGGCAGAGGCAGUAGCAAAUUAGACGCGUAAAUUGCGUAGCAAAUUCUGAAUGAAAAAAAAGAUAUAGAAUUCCAGGCCGAAAGCGAAAUAGGAGCGAUAAGCUAGACGUUCUCAACUUUCAACUAAAGAAACUCAAGCCCCACAAAUAAACAAAUCACUGCCAUAUUGAAACAAAGAAUACAAUAAAGCUGUUAUCACUGAAAAAACAAACAAACAAACAAACAAUAACAACCACCCAGAACAGCCAUCACAGCCAGAUCAACCAAUCUACCUCGUUUUCUGGGCCACUAACUGAAUCGAAUGAAUCGACUUGAGGGUGAAAUACCAUUUUCAUAGCCGGGAAAAAUGGAACAGGCAGUAACCACCUAGAAGAUAACUAAACAGGAAGCAACUAGAAAUAAAGUUGAGAUUAUACAGAGAUUAAGCUCUUGAAAAAGGACACGAAUCCUUUCGACCUACCAAGUCUAUUAAGAAAUCCAGCAUAGAAAUCCAAAAUGAUGAAGAGCAACGGGGAUGUGGAGGCCGCAACAGGUCAGGUGGGUAAGCCCAUCAACGGACAUAGUCAGAGCAACGGGAAUGGCUACCAUCAGAAUGGAGCUCGUAGGGACUCCAGCCAGGCAUUUACUCCGCUACUGGCGCAGCACAGUAAUGGCUCCACCAACGGAGAGGUGGGCACAUCCCCACCGAGCACUGUCCUUUACGAGACCGCUCCCAGCAACAAUAACGAGUGGAAGGAUCUGAAGAACGGAGGUGGCCUGCUGAGCAGCAACAACAACGGAACCGGAAACGGUCACGGUCACAGUUUAAGCGAAAAGUACGCCCACGAGCAGGCUCCACUCACAGGUGGCUACAAACUACCACCCCGUUCCAGCGAAUCCGAGGAGUCCGACUUUGACUCUGAUCUGAAUGGUGGCUCCGCCUCCAACAAGGAUGCCGGCUCCAGUUGCGGCCUUUUUGGGUGCCGGCCCAGGUGGGCGCGGAGAUUCGCCUCGACGCACGUCUUUAUGGUGGUGUUCCUGCUGGCCUACAUCCUCCAGGGCAUGUACAUGACCUACUUCGUCUCGGUCAUCACCACGAUCGAGAAGCUCUUCCAGAUCAAGUCCAAGACCACGGGCCUGUUGCUGAGUGCCAGUGAGAUGGGCCAGAUCUGCACCGCCAUGCUCCUGACCUACUUUGCCGGCCGUGGCCACCGGCCUAGGUGGAUCGCCUGCGGCAUGGUGCUCUUUUCCAUCGCCGCCUUCGCCUGCGCCCUGCCCCACUUCAUCUUCGGGGAGCAGCUCAUGCACUCCAGUGUCAUCCUGCAGCAGCAGCCGCAGAUGCUCUCGCCGGCGGAUGACUCCUCCCUCAUGUGGCACAACGCCAGUCGGGAGUUGAACCCCAAUCUGUGCCACUUGGGCGGAAAUUCCAGUGCCUCUGGCAACGAGUGCAACGAGGAACGCCAACAGGAGCAGGCCUCCCACUCCAAGAUCACCGUCAUCGUUCUCUGCAUCUUCUUCGGCAGCCUGCUGAGCUCCGGCAUUGGACAGACGGCGGUGGCCACUUUGGGAAUACCCUACAUCGACGACAAUGUCGGCAGCAAGCAGUCGCCCAUGUACAUGGCCGUCACCAUUGGCAUGCGCAUCCUGGGUCCAGCCUCUGGCUUCAUCUUUGGGAGCUUCUGCACCCGCUGGUAUGUCAACUUCUCCAAUCCCGGCUUUGAUGCCAGUGAUCCCCGCUGGAUCGGCGCCUGGUGGCUGGGACCAGUGGCCAUUGGCAGCCUGAUGUUGCUGGCUUCCAUAGCCAUGUUCUCGUUUCCCAAGCAACUCCGAGGCAAGCAGCAGUCCCAGGGACAGGGCCAGGCUCAAGGUCAGGUCAACUCAGCUCCCGUGCCAGCUGCAGAACCGGAGGAGAAGCCGAAGCUUAAAGACUUUCCCAAGACUGUGCGCCGCCAACUGAGCAACGAUAUCCUCAUGUUCCGCACUGCCUCCUGUGUGUUCCACCUUCUUCCCAUUGCUGGUCUGUACACCUUCCUGCCCAAAUACCUGGAGACCCAGUUCCGUCUGGCCACCUAUGAUGCCAACAUGAUAGCCGCCUUCUGCGGCAUCCUGGUCAUGGGCAUUGGAAUUGUCAUCUCCGGGUUGUUCAUCCUGAAGCGGAAGCCCACAGCUCGGGGAGUGGCUGCCUGGAUCGCCUUCACCGCCAUCGCCUACUCCGUGGGCAUGAUUAUUCUGAUGUUCAUCGGGUGCAGCAUGGACGACUUUGCGGGCUACAAGCCCAGGAAUGCCAAUAGUCCCGCCCUCAUCGAGCCAACGUGCAGCGCCGCCCUCAACUGUACCUGUGAUAUGGAGAACUUUGCCCCAAUCUGCGCCGAGGGCAAGAUGAUGUACAUCUCGGCCUGCCACGCCGGAUGCACUAGCUCCUCACUGCGGCCCAGCGACAAUCGCACCCUCUACUCCGACUGUGCUUGCAUUCCAGGUGCUAAGGAGGCGGUCAACGGUUACUGUGAUAAUAACUGCAAGAACUUCAUCUACUUUAUACUGAUCUUUGCCAUUUGCGUAUUCAUGCAUUCCACCUCCGAGGUGGGCAGUAUGCUUCUCGUCAUGCGGUGUACACAUCCCAAAGACAAGGCCAUGGCCAUGGGAGUGAUACAGUCGGCCAUCGGUUUGUUCGGCAACGUACCCUGCCCCAUUAUCUACGGCGCUGUGGUGGACUCCGCCUGCCUCAUCUGGAAAUCGGUGUGUGGCAAGCACGGAGCCUGUUCGCUCUACGAUACGGAUACCUUCAGGCAGUAUUUCCUGGGAAUCACGGCUGGCAUUAUGUUCCUGGCAUUCCUCAUGGACCUGGUGGUGUGGCGCAAGGCGCAUCGCAUCGACAUUGCGCCGGAGGAUCCCCAAGAGGGUGCCGCCAACGGUAACGGGCGAUCCCUGGAGGUGUCCGAGUCCAAGCAACCCAUAUCCCCGGCGCCGGACACGACGGUCUAAGGAGGCGGCAGGGAUCGGACCAUCCUGGACACAUGCUUUGCAGAAGCUGCAAGAUUUCCAAUAAACGUUUACCUUAAUUGUUAAUUAGUUAUCAUUUUGUCUAGUUUUUAGCCUAGUGCAAGAGUUAUGUAUUUAGUUAAGUGGCAUCUUCGAUUCGGGAGACCUCAUUCAAAUGAUUACGAUUAGAACGCCCCUCGUCCCUCGCCCAUGCCCAGCCCCUGCUCCAUAUUCUACACACACCUAUGGAUUAUAAAUUAAAUUCUUUGUGUAAAUCUCAAGGCCUAAUCCUCGAAAGAAAUUGUGAAUGAAAAUGGCAUGAAAAUUGAAAAAUCUGUACGUGUAACUAUUUGUAACAGCUAUAUCGCGAUGUAUGUAUGUAUGUUUUAUAUAUGUAUAUCUAUAAUUAAUAUAUUAGACAUAUACAUUUACAUGUAUGUAUGUAAUUGCAACCUAUCUGUGGUAGUUAAAUUUUAGUUAAAAUUCAAGCUAAAUGUCUAAGUUUGUCAUAUAAAAAGAUCAGCAACAAAAAUAUACGAAAAGAAAUUAAAAUUCAAAACUAUAUACAAAUAA